AGUCUAUGUUAUCUGUUAAUGUAGGACAUCCAAUUUAGGACGUUGUGGUUGAACUAGACUCAUUGUGCAUCCCUAAGUGUUUUGGUUAAAGUUGGACAACCUUGAGCAAAACAAAACAAAGCAGAUUAAAGAAGAUGCCACUGCUAAUUAUUGAACUCGUCGAGGAGCUAUGGGAUACUUGGAAAAUCAAAGGAUUCAUUAUUCUAAGUCUCUCGCUGCAGUCUUUCCUAACUCUGUUUGCACCAUUAAGGAAGCGAGGAGGUGGGAAAGGGCACAUCAUGAUUUCACUCUGGAUAGCAUACCUGCUUGCAGAUUGGGUUGCUACAUUUACCAUUGGACUCAUCUUGGAUGCUAAACAUAGUGACAUUCUGGCCUUUUGGGUACCCUUUCUUUUGUUGCAUCUUGGUGGUCCUGACACUAUUACUUCCUUCUCUCUGGAGGACAAUGAAUCCUGGAUUAGGCUCUACCUUUGGCUUACAUUAAACAUUGCUUUGACUAACUAUGUUAUCCUUCAGUCAAUCCAACGUAACAAACUUUGGCUGCCAACUCUCCUAGUUUUAAUUGCAGGGGUAAUCAAAUAUGCUGAGCGCAACCGUGCCUUUUAUCUUGCAAGCUUUGACCAUUUUGGGAAUAAUUGGGUAUAUUCAUCAGUUCGGGGAUUGCCUCCCAUUCCAGUACAAUUUGAACAGGCUCAUCAUUCAUGGUUUCAGAGGGUUCGGGUAAACCAGGACCUGUGGUCGAUAAUUCCUGCGGUAGCAUGCACGUUUGGCUCUAUCAAGAGCUUACUUGUAGGUCCUCCCAUGACUAAAACAGAACAAACGAAUGUUUGUUAUUUAAUGCGAGGAAGAGAUUCACAUGAGACGCUUCGAACCAUAGAGAUCCAAUUAAGCCUCUUGUAUGAGCUCCUUCAUACCAAGUUGCCCGUAGUUGAUUGCAAGAUUGGUUAUAUUUGCCGCACGGUUAACUUUGGUUGCAUCUUGGGAGCCUUGGUGUCAUUCUCAAUAUUACAUAAGAAGUACUACCAUGAUAAGUUUGGGGAGUUUGACAUCUGCCUGACAUAUGGAUUGCUGAUCGGAACUUUGGCAUUGGAUUCGAUAUCUAUCUGGUCAUUCAUGUGCUCUGAUUGGAUUACUGUUAGGCAGUACUCUGACAAAAAGAAAUAUGAUAAAUUCAUUGAUAGGCGCAGGUGGUCUAACUCAAUUCCUCAAUUAAAUAUUUUCGAUUGUCGUUUCAAGAACAAAGAUGGAGAUUAUCCAAACAAAUUGGUUGAUUUUCUUGGCACAAGGUUUGAAACCAUAAGAAGAAGAAUCCAAAGUCUGUCCUCCAGAGAUUUUGUAGAAGAAAAAGCUUGGAAGUUCAUUUUUACAAUGCUGCAAGAAAAGGAUAUUGGCGAGGCUGGCAAGGAAAUCUUUGGUCCAUCUAGAAUUCUCACUGGUCAUAUUACCAACUUCGCUUGGACCCUCGACAAGUUUGAGCACAUGGAAAGCCUCCUGAUAUGGCACAUAGCCACUGAAAUAUGCUAUCGAAAGGAAUGUCCAGAUAACAGCUCCAGCAGUUCUACAUCAACAUCUAAUGAUUGUUUCGAUCACCGAAAAAUAUGCAAGUUGAUUUCAGAUUAUAUGUUUAACCUUUUGGUAGUGGACCCUACCAUGACAGCCACCUCGCCUAGCAAUUUGAAGAUAGUUUUUGAGGCCACAGAUGAACCAUGGAAGUGGCCAAGUUAUUGGAGGAAGAGAUCCAAAGAAACAUCCAUUAAAGACCUGCUGGAUAAGCUAUUGGAAGACGAAGCUAAAGAGGAUUAUGAAGAUCUAGUUCUGUUGAAGAAAGAAGUGGACAAGUUAGAAUCCGGUGAAAAGGAGAAAAUAGCUGGCCUUCGGAGAAUAACCGUUGCAUGUUUUCUUGCCAAGGAGCUCCUCCAAAAUGAGCCCGGUGGUUGUCCGUGGAACUUAAUGAGCAGAUUUUGGGUAGAAAUAUUAUGCUAUGCUGCUAUUCAUUGCCAACCCACUGUCCAUGCACGACAAGUAAGCAGAGGUGGACAACUUCUCGCCUUGGUUUGGUUGUUGAUCAAUUACUUGGGAUUAACUCCUCCUCCUCCAGUAAAUCCGGCAGUGUAACUGUCGAAUAUUACGAAAGAGGAGAUGAUUAGACAGGUAGAGACAGCAUUGCAAGGCCCUCCUUGGCCUCUUCUAUCCUUGUUCUUUCAGAAGGAACUCGUUCACGAGUUGGAGAUCAUCUCAGCUACUUCAUAAAAUUGUCUGUCAAAUAUAAUUUCAGAGUGGUC